ACACAUACUUAUAUAUAUAUUAAUGAAUACCUAAUGAAAAUGCAGUUUCCAAUUAAAAUAUUACUAACAAUGGCUGGCGCACUGAUUGCAUUGAAUAGUUUGCCCAGCAGCCGGGCCAGAUCCAUUACCUUGACCCUAACGGACUCCGUAAGGGACCCCAAGUCAUCCGAUGGCUUCACAGCUGUUACGACUGCUUUAGAGGCUGCCACUUUACCCAUGGAUCACAUUCGACGACCCAGACAGUUGAUGUCGUGCCAAAUCGCUCUAGCCGAUGUCAACGUUUUGCAUAUGCCCUGCGACAUGGAUCUACCGAAUCUGCCCAAAUAUAUCGAGACAUUGCCCAACCAAUGCAUUUGCGCCUAUAACACGCGCUUCCAUUCCGAGCAGGACUAUCGCAACUUUAAAAUCUUACAGCUCGAGAGUUUCUUCUUUGGCCAAUAUGCGGAGCGCCUCAAACGCUUCGAACUGGAUCCCCAUCAAUUCGACUACAGAGUCUAAUUCGAGCACAUAUUAACAACACAAAAACUGUUAAUCGUGGCCAGGUGCAUAAGAUCAUAAUGUGAUUAAAUGUUGAUUUACUGUAGAUCAAAAGUAGCUCAAAUUGCAAAGUCUUGU